UUCUUGGCAACGCUUCGCAACGUGAACAUGCCUGCAACCGUGUGCAGGGUGGCCUAGCCGUGAGUGGGGAAAGCAGCGCCUUUGCAUUCCUUCGCAUACAGGGGAGCCCCAGUGCAAAAGUGCGUUAAAUUUGUCAUUCGCCCCGUUCUGAAGAACGUGUCGAUCAGACGGGAGUUGGGAGUUGGGUCAUCGGUUUUUUCCGCCCUAACAGUGUGUGAGUGUAUGUGUGCGCGAGAAAAUUGGGAACGAACAAACCGCGAGUUGGGGCGCACCGAGCAAAGGUUGCUGUGGUUUGCGUGUUAAAGCUACCUUAAAUUCCAUCCUAACUGCUGCUGUAGAGGAAAAUAGAUUAGAUUUUUCCACGUCCACGGGAAGAGGUGGCAAGGGCGGUCCCAGAUUAACACACCGACGGCGUACGGCGACGGUCAGGCGCGCAGAGCUUACAGCACAAAACACAGGCACACACAAGUGCGUCCCGGUGCGGCUAACCAAUACCACCAAUGGCUGGCUUCACGUCCCAGGCUGCCCUGCGCUCCAAGUGGGGCGAUCUGGUCGAGAGUGGCAGCGCCAACAUUGAAACGGCCACGGAAGUAUCGCACGGAUUGAAACACGUUGUCGGAUGGCUCAAACAGGCAUCCGUCGAGGUGAGGGAGGCUGGCAAGCGGGCGGUUUCGCAGAUACAGAACAACACGCCGAACUUACUGCACCUGCACACGACGACCGUGAUCCGUCACGUGAACGACGGGGGUGGCAGCAGCACAAUGGCGCAGGCAACGGGAGCAGACCCGCAGGAUAAGCUGAUUCUGAUCCACUACAACGAUGUGUACAACAUUGACGCGAACAGCAAAACCGAACCGAUCGGUGGAGCCGCCCGGUUCUGCACGGCGGUCCGAUCGUUCGCCCAUCUCAACCCGCUCAUCCUGUUCAGCGGCGAUGCCUUUUCGCCCAGCAUGCUCAGCACGUUCACCAAGGGCGAACAGAUGGUGCCGGUUUUGAACGCGAUCGGAACACACUGUGCCGUGUUCGGGAACCAUGACUUUGAUCACGGGCUUGACAUACUGACGGAGUGGGUCGAGAAAACGAACUUCCCGUGGCUGAUGUCGAACGUGGUGGACAAUGAAACCGGGCGACCGCUCGGCGGGGGUAAGAUCACGCACAUCCUGCAUCACAACGAGGUGAAGGUCGGCCUGAUUGGGCUGGUGGAGAAGGAGUGGCUCGAUACGCUGCCGACGAUCGAUCCGAACGAGGUGACUUACAUUGAUUUCAUCAAGGCCGGCAACCAGCUGGCCGACGAACUACACAAUCAGGGUUGUGAUGUGAUUAUAGCUUUAACGCACAUGCGUACACCGAACGAUAUCGAGCUGGCUAAGCAGAGCGGUCACAUUGACAUCAUCCUGGGUGGCCACGAUCACGUGUAUGAAAUUCUUAACAUCGAAGAUACCCAUGUCAUCAAAUCGGGCACCGAUUUCCGGCAGUUCUCAAAGAUCGGCGUGUGCCUGGAUCGUAACGAAAACGGUAAGAUAAGCAUCAACGUGGAAAAGAUUGACGUUGCCUCGAACAAGUACACCGAGGAUGCGGCACUGAAGGAAGAACUGCGCAAGUACUCGGAGACGAUCGAGUCCAAGAUGGACGAGGUGCUCGGGACGUUCGCGGUGGAGCUGGACGGGCGGUUCUCUUCCGUGCGUACGUCCGAAACGAAUCUGGGCAACUGGAUCUGUGAUGUGGCACUGGCAGCAACCGGAGCCGACUGUGUGAUGAUCAAUUCCGGCACGUUCCGGUCGGACCAGAUACAUGCGGCCGGGCCGUUCACGAUGCGGGACUUGGUGAACAUCAUACCGAUGCAGGAUCCGCUGAUCGUGCUGGAGGUGCCCGGAAGUACGUUGCACGAGGCGCUCGAGAACUCGGUGUCGACGUACCCGAAGCUGGAGGGCCGUUUCCCGCAGAUUUCCGGAAUGUCGUUCGCGUUCGAUCCAUCGAAACCACCGGGGCAGCGGGUCGAAGCGAAGCUCGUCCGUGUCGGCGAUGAGUGGUUGAAUAUGGAGCAAAAGUAUACGCUGUGCGUCAAGAGCUACAUCCAUGGCGGCUGCGACGGGUACCACAUGUUCAAGGGGUGCCGCGUGCUGAUGGACGAAGAUGCCGCACCGGAGCUGGGGCUGGCCAUUCAGAAUCACUUUAAGGCGAUCGACGUGCGUAUGGGUAGGGCGCACCACACGAAACACCGACAGUCGCUGGUGACACUGUCGCGCCGGCACAGCAUGGUGCAGAUGCUGGAGAAUCUCGAGCUGGACGGACCGACACCGAUCAGGCGCAAGUCGACGGUGACGCCCCCGAAAAUGGAGCACCUCAGCAAUAACCGUGGCAAGCUUCUCAGACGUGCGUCGCUGGACGAUUUAGAGCAAAACAGCUGCCAGUGUGCCCCCUCGAUCCAGCAUCGAAUCAUAGCGGUGCAGAACGAGGAUCACAUUCGGGAGAUGGUUUUACGGCGAGAAACGAUCGAGAAGAAUUCCGUCAUUAAGGAAACGGACGAACUGACACCGUAAGCGAAUGUGUGCCAUUCCGGAGACAUCGGAGACCGGCACCUGUAAAUAUUGUCUAGCACUGGCAGAGGCGGCUCGCAACUUGCGCGCGUCAUUUGAUUAGUUAACAUGUAAAGAAGCCAUAGGUUUACUUUUCGUUCUUUUGCCCCUUUUUUCGCUCAUUUGGUGGGCUUCAUUCAUUGUGUGGCUGUGUGUCUAGUAGGUAUGCAAGAGAAAUGACAUCGGUUUUUUUCGCAAAUCCGUCUCGACUGCCCCGUCGAUGGAUUUUGUGUUUCAAGUAAAAGCAGUUUAUGUUUUUUAAAAGCUCCCAACAGCCAAACAGAAAAUAUGUUGCAUUUCGUCAUUCUCCACGGUAAAGAUGCUUACCGAAACAGUAGAAUGAACGGCAGAAGGGUAGACCCAACGAUUGCUUACAGGACCGACCGUGUGUUGUUGUAGGCAGAGGAUAGUUGUUGUUAGGUUUUACAAUACGAUAUUUGUGUUGCUGGGGAGCGUGCGCCUGUUGCACGUAAGAGCACCGGUGGUCCGAUAGAGAGGCGAUAGUAGUAGCUCCUUCGAUCCCGCGGGUGCCCCAGGAUUCGAAGUAAAACCGUUUAGUAAUUAUAACACGUGCAGGGAGACAUUUUAACUAUCAAGCACAUACACAUUAAACGCUCCUUCACAGCAAGC